CCUUCGGCGGUGCCCGGAUGGAGACCGACGCCAUUCUGAGUGAGUGAGGAUCCGAGAGCGAGCGGGUCAUGGGCAGGCUUCACAAUCUCCUGGUCUUACUGCUGCUGGUCUCCCCACUCUGCCUCUUCCAGCAAGGCGGCCCCGGGGCAAGACUUCUUGUUGCUGCAGAUGAUCCAACAGAGGAUGAGGAAGGUAUUGAUGAUUCUGUCGUGGAAGAUGAAGAUGAUGAAGCGGAAAUAGAAGAGGAUGAGCCAACAGACGUUAUGGAAGAUGAGAAAGAAGAGGAAGAGGAGGAGGAAGAAGAUGACUUGACAUCUGGAGAACCCAAAGCUUCUCCCAAUGCUGACACAACUAUUCUGUUUGUGAAGGGAGAAGAUUUCCCAGCUAACAACAUUGUGAAAUUCUUGGUUGGUUUUACCAAUAAGGGCAAUGAAGAAUUUGUUGUGGAAUCUUUGGAUGCCUCAUUUCGUUAUCCUCAGGAUUAUCAGUUCUAUAUUCAGAAUUUCACAGCGCUACAACUGAACACAUUGGUGCAGUCCCAGCGCCAAGCUACAUUUGAGUAUUCAUUUAUCCCUGCUGAACCAAUGGGCGGCCGGCCAUUUGGAUUGGUAAUUAACCUGAACUACAGGGAUGCCACUGGUAAUAUUUACCGUGAUGCUGUGUUCAACCAGACAGUCACGAUAACUGAGCGAGAAGAUGGGUUGGAUGGAGAAACAAUCUUCCUGUACAUGUUCCUGACUGGUCUUGGUUUACUUGUUGUGGUUGGUAUCCAUCAGCUUCUGGAAUCUAGAAAAAGAAGACGACCAACUUCCAAAGUAGAAAUGGGUACAUCUAACCACAAUAAUGUAGACAUGAGUUGGAUUCCUCAGGAAACCUUAAAUCAAAUCAUGCAGAGUAGACGAGACAAAACUUCCCCAAGGAGGUCACCCCGUAAGCGAGCGAAGAGAACUGUGGGAUCGGAUGAAUAGAAACUCAGUUUUUAACCUUCAGUGUUUAAUCCUGUCCAUUUUUGGAGAUAAUGCAGAGAUGCCAUCUAAACAUAGUUUUAAAAAAAAUCAAUGGACUGAGCGGGAGAACCAUUUAAGAAUACAUUUUUUUUUGAACAAGAGCUUCUCAUCAAAAUGCACUUGGCUGUAUACAGAGUUGUUUUUUUUUUUGCCAUUUCAACAUGUUUUAAGCUUUUGUUUAAAAAGUAAUUGCAGCCUGUCAAUAUUUUGACACCUCAAUGUGAAUGAUUCUACGUGAAUUGUUUUUGGCUUGUGUGUACUUUUGCAAUGGUACAAGGAAUUUAAUUCUGAUACGGGCAAUGUCUGUUCUCCUUUCCCUCAAGAUGUCAACAGAGGGCAACGUUACAAGUUGUUUUCUCCCCUGCACGCACACUGUUACAUGUGAACAUGAUGGGAUGUCAUUCUUUUCUGAUUUCAGUCCAAAAUGAUAGUCACACAUGUACAAAAUGAUUGCUUCAUCCUUUAAUUUUAUCCUACCCCUGAUUGCUUCUAGGGUGGAUGCUGUGAACAUGUGUGUAUAGUUAAUACAGUUUGGAUAAGAGAAGCUAUUGCACAGAUUUGAGUAUCUGUUUGGCUAUUACAAUACUGCAGAACAGUGAAAUGAUUGAAAAUGUAUGUGCAUCUGUAUCUCAGGAAACCAAACAGGAUUGCGAAGUGUGUUUUCUAGAGUCAUGUACUAUCUGAUAAUAUUUUUUGUGUUUCAGACACGAGCUUGGAAUUUGUGCACUCAUUUUGGUUUUGAGUGCACCAUGGGUAUUGAAAUCAAACAUAACUUUCAAACCCAGAUUAUUUUCUUAUUGUUGGGAGACCAUUUGGCAAAAUGUACUUGGUCAGAGUUUCAAAAACUCACAGGCAUUAAGAUGUUUUCAACUUCUAAGAUUAUCUGGAAAGAGAUGGCUGGUUUUAAGUGGAUGAGAAGACAUUAAAGUAAACAAACUGA